AUGGGUACUCUUAUUCAAGGUUCUAACGCCACUUCCAUGUCCAUGGAUUCUACUAAGAAGAGGAAAAGGGCAAGUGAUAAAUCUGUAGCUGAGACCCUUCAAAAGUGGAAGGAAUACAAUGAGCAUCUUGAUGCUCAAGGUGAUGGAAAUAAUAAACCAGUUCGUAAAGUUCCUGCCAAGGGCUCAAAGAAGGGGUGCAUGAAAGGUAAAGGAGGGCCAGAGAAUUCAGUCUGCAAUUACAGAGGUGUGAGACAGAGGACAUGGGGGAAGUGGGUUGCUGAGAUUCGGGAGCCAAACAGAGGGCCUAGGCUAUGGCUUGGUACUUUUCCUACUGCCUAUGAAGCUGCUCUUGCCUAUGAUAAUGCUGCACGAGCUAUGUAUGGUUCUUGUGCUCGUUUAAACAUUCCAGAAGUGGUGAAUUCAACAAGCUCAUCGAAGGAUAACUUCUCUGCUGUGACACCAUCAUACUAUUCUUCAGCUGCAAGUCCUGCUGACUCCGUCACCACAUCAACCCACUCUGAGGUUUGUGCGUACGAGGAUCCUAACCAGAAUGUAUUAAGCCAAGCUGAGGAUUGGAUGACAAAUAUAUCAAGCCAAGCUGAGGUUUGCGAGCAGAAUGUAUCAAGCCAAGCUGAGGUUUACGAACAGAAUGUAUCAAGCCAACAUAUUGAGGAUUGUUCUCGGGGAGUUGAAAAAAAUAGCAAGCUGAGUCAAGAUGAGCUGAAGAUUCAAUCAGAAAAUCCUUCGUGGACCAAUGACUGGCACAGCUACGGCUGGGAUGAGAUCUUUAGCGUAGAAGAGCUGCUAGGGGAUAUUGAUUCUGGGAUGACAGGAGCAGAGGGGUACUUCAGCUUAGGAUUUUGACAGCUUUGUAGCGUUUUCUCGAGGAAAAUAGUGUUUGUGUUUCUAGGCUGAUUGAAGGCUCGUAAAUUAUAAUGUAAACUGGUUUUUUAGUCCCUUGAUUUGCAUUUUGCAAAUUAGAAGCCAAACUUGAAAAGCAAUUGUUAAUGAUCAAACCGAUGUUAGUGAACUAAGCUAGGGAUCUCUUGUCAUUCAUUUAGUGGUUAUUUAAAAAAAUUUUGUAUUGUGUUUA